AUGAGGUCCACCACUAGAGCCCCCCACGAGGUGCCCUCCCCCACGUGGCGGGCUCCUCGGGCGGCGCGGGGUAGGUGGGGCGGGCCUGCGGGCGCCGGCCUGGGCCCCACCCGCGGCGGGCGGAGCGGGGAAGCCCGGGUCGGGUCGAGGGCCCAGCGUGGCUCCCAGGGCCAUGGAGCCGGGGCCCAGGGCGUGUGCGGCGGCGCUGACUGCGGAGAGCCAGCAGCCCCUGUCCCCCAGGCCCUCCUCCUCCUCCUGCUGGGUGCCCAGGGCCAGGGCAGCACUCCCAGCCCCAGGUGUGACUGUGUGCACAGCUUCCAGAAGAGGAGUGGUCUGGUCUGCUGCAGGGGCUGUCCAGCAGGGCACUACCUGAAGGCCUCCUGCACAAAGCCCUGUGGCAUCCCCACCUGUCUCCCGUGCCCCCGGGGCACCUUCCUGGCCCGGGAGAACCACCACAAGACCCGCUGUGCCCGCUGCCAGGCCUGUGAUGAGGAGGCCUCCCAGGUGGCCCUGAAGAACUGCUCGGCGGUGGCGGACACCCACUGCGGCUGCAAGCCAGGCUGGUUCAUGGACUGCGUCGUCAGCCAGUGUCCCCACAGCUCUCCCUUUCGCUGCCACCCGUGCCCAGACUGUGAGGCCCUGCACCGCCGCACACGGGCCCCCUGUUCCAGCGGAGACACUCACUGUGGGACCUGCCUGCCCGGCUUCUAUGAAUAUGGCAACAGCUGCGUGUCCUGCCCCACGAGCACCCUUGGGGGCUGUCCUGUGCCCUGUGUGGCUGUCUGUGGCUGGAGGCAGGUGUUCUGGGUCCAGGUGCUCCUGGCAGGCCUGGUGGUCCCACUCCUGCUUGGUGCCACCCUGACCUACACAUACCGCCGCUGCCAGCUUUGCAAGGCCAUGGUUCCUGGUGAAGCUGGGGUGGAGGCCCUGACCCCCCUGCAGGCCACCCACCUCUCACCCCCGGACAGCAGCCCCACCCUUCUGGUAACACCCAGCAGCAGUGAGAAGGUCUGCACCGUCCAGCUGGUAGGCAGCAGCUGGACGUCUGGCUCUCCCCAGGCCCAGGAGGCGCCCUGCCCGGAGGUGACCUGGUCCUGGGACCAGCUGCCCAGCAGAACUCUUGGCCCGCCGCCCCCGCCCUCGCCAGCGCCCCCUGCAGGCUCGGCGGCCGCCAUGCUCCAGCCGGGCCCGCAGCUCUACGACGUGAUGGACGCGGUGCCCGCGCGGCGAUGGAAGGAGUUCGUGCGCACGCUGGGGCUGCGCGAGGCGGACAUCGAGGCGGUGGAGGUGGAGGUCAGGCGCUUCCGCGACCAGCAGUACGAGAUGCUCAAGCGCUGGCGCCAGCAGCAGCCCGCGGGCUUGGGCGCCGUCUACGCCGCCCUGGAGCGCAUGGGGCUGGACGGCUGCGCCGAGGACCUGCGGAGCCGCCUGCAGCGUGGCCCGUGACGCCGGGGCCCACCCGCCACUUCGAGGCUCUGGUGGCCCUUGCAGAAGCCCUAAGUACGGUUACUUAUGCGUGUAGACAUUUAAUGUCACUUAUUAAGCCCCUGGCACGGCCCUGCGUAGCAGCGCCAUCCAGCCUCACCCCUGCGCGCCCCCAGGGUUCCAGUUAAGGCGAGGAAGCGCCA